AUGGAGGUGGCGGGUGACAAUAGUGAUUUGGGUGGGAUUCGUCAAAAACUUAGUUAUCUGGCGGUGGAGGCAGCUAUGGUAGGUGGCAAUGGUGAUUUGGUUAGUAUUGGAUAUUGUAGUGAGUUGGGUUGGAGUGGAGGUGACAAUGGAAAUGAGCUAGGUAGGAGUGGAGGUGAAGGCAAAAAAUGUCCACAGCUGAGGUCGUUGUCCAAAGCUUACACACACACACAGAGAGCACACGAAGAGGAAGAGAAAGAAGACGGUAGCAGGCUGCAAGGAUUCUCCUUGCUUGUGGUGGAUGGUGACAUCCACAGAGGUCCUCUUCAACCUCCAAACACAGCCACGGACAAGGGAAGGGGGCAGAAUAUAACCCAGAUCAAUAUUUAUGGGAAAACGAUUUUACUAUUGCUGGCAGGAAAUACAAAAGACAGGACCUUGAGGCAACUCAAAAAUCAAAGAGGCCAUACUUUGCAGUGCAGUCAUUAUGUGCCUUCAACCUUCCCAGAUGACACUUCUCUACCUUGUGUUAUAUACUGCCAUGGCAACAGUGGAUGUAGGGCAGAUGCAAAUGAGGCUGCUGUAAUUCUUCUUCCAUCUAAUAUUACUGUAUUCACUCUUGAUUUUUCGGGUUCAGGCUUAUCUGAGGGUGAUUAUGUCAGCCUUGGCUGGCAUGAGAAAGAAGACCUCAAAGUUGUGGUGUCGUAUUUGAGAAAGAAACCACAAAUAUCUUGCAUUGGUCUUUGGGGACGGUCUAUGGGUGCGGUGACUAGCCUUCUUUAUGGGGGGGAAGAUCCUUCUAUAGCUGGAAUGGUGUUGGACAGUGCUUUCUCAAACUUAUUUGAUCUGAUGAUGGAGCUUGUGGAUGUCUACAAAAUCCGGCUUCCUAAAUUUACAGUUAAGGUGGCUGUACAGUACAUGCGACGGGUUAUUCAGAAGAAGGCAAAAUUUGAUAUCAUGGACCUUAAUUGCUUACAGGUUGCACCCAAAACAUUUAUUCCUGCUUUAUUUGGACAUGCUAAUGAUGACAAAUUCGUUCAAUCUCGCCACUCUGACCUCAUCUUUAAGUCGUAUGCGGGGGAUAAAAAUAUAAUAAAAUUUGAUGGUGAUCACAACUCUUCUCGACCACAAUUUUAUUAUGAAUCAGUAUCCAUUUUCUUCUACAACAUCCUUCGUCCUCCUCAACUUUCUUCUUCUUAUUCAAGUAACACUGAGAAAUACCAUGAUUUGGGGGACCUGAAAGUUGAUGCUGGUGUGGAUGAGAAUCUUCUGUAUGAAAUAAUUGCUGGUCUUCAAACUGUGGGUACUGAUGCCGCAAGUUCAUCAUCCGUGCCACGGUGCAUUUCAACCACAAAGUCUGUCAAUGAGCUUCUUCUGAUGUUGCUCCAGUUACAAGUGAUUCAAUUGUCAAUGAAGCUACUGACCUAAAUGGUUAUGGUCCAUCAGAAGUACAGGACAAGCUAAUCAGCCAGAAUGAAGAAUGUUGUUCGUAUACAAGUUCAAAUAGAGAGAGUUGGGCAAGAUGCUCAUCUCUGGGAAGCAUUGAUGAACCUUCAUCAGAUUUCCUAGCUGCUGACGAAAGCCAUGAG